CAGCUCUCCCAGAGUACACUAGUUGAGUUCCCUGGUCAAUGGGACACACAGUCCUCCCCCAGCGAACAUAGACAGCUCCUCCUGUGCCUGAGAGAACUGGUGCUCCUUGUGAUCCAGGGGCUGGUGCUCCUUCACAUUCACAAGUUCCAUGAUCUCCCUUCUCUCCAUUCUCUCCUGGUAUUCCUGGUUUACCAGGUGUUCCCGGCCGUCCAACUGCCCCAGGGUAUCCAGGUAAACCGUUUCUCCCAGUCAAACCACGUGGACCUUGUUGGCCUGGAUCUCCAUGUUCUCCUGAUGGUCCUUCAAAUCCUGGUUCUCCUGGGGAUCCAGGUGAGGCAUCUAGACCAGCAGGGCCCCGCGGUCCUUGGGAUCCAGCCUCUCCCUUGUCUCCUUGUAAUCCUCGGUAUCCUCUUUCUCCCUUGUCUCCAGGUUGUCCCAACUCUCCCUUUUGUCCCGGUGGUCCUCGGUAUCCUGACGGUCCCUGUGUACCUUUAUCUCCUUUCUCCCCACGUACUCCCUGGCUUCCUCUGUCCCCCUUUGCUACUCCUGGUGGUCCCUUCUCACCGUUCUCUCCCUUAGUUCCCUGCACACCUCUCCUUCCCUGUGCCCCUCUUCUCCCUACAGGGCCAGUGGGGCCUCUUUCUCCUGGAGUUCCUCCAGAUCCUGCAAUUCCUGGAGAUCCAGGUGGACCUACAGGGCCAGGGCGGCCACUUC